AGUUCUCCAAUAAUUCCAUGUCCCCACCCUUAAGUCUGUGUAGUUGAUUGGCCAGUGUUAGCGUUACUGUCACACGGGCACAGUGCCUUUAAACUGAGCCUCCUGCUUGCCGUGUGAAACAGAUCUGGAGGAAGACGAUUAGCUCAGCUCUCCUUAAUGUAAACUCUUAGGGUUGUGAAAUUCCCUUGUCGCUUUCCUCUCUGUAGCUCGAGAUGCUCGAUCUGGAAGGCGGCUGGAACAUCUCUUUCGCUGGCUGCGGGUUUCUGGGUGUUUAUCAUAUCGGUGCAGCGAGCAGUAUCCAAGAACACGCUCCUUACCUGACCAGGGACGCCACCAGGAUCUAUGGAGCGUCCGCCGGAGCGUUCACCGCCGCCGCUGUGGUCUGCGGGGUUCCGCUGGACAGUUGUUGUGCAGAUGUCAUGAAAGUAGCUAAGGAAGCCAGAAAAAGACACCUAGGACCUCUGCACCCAUCCUUCAACCUCGUAAAAAUAAUUAAAAAUGGACUUUUCAGGAAUCUUCCAGAAAAUGCACACCAACUAGCCACAGGCAGGCUCUGCAUUUCUCUUACACGGGUACCCGACGGUGAGAAUGUGCUGGUAUCUGACUUCAACUCUAAGGAAGAACUCAUUCAGGCUCUGAUCUGCAGUGCCUUUGUUCCAAUUUAUUGUGGACUCAUUCCACCAACUUUUCGAGGAGUGCGUUAUGUGGAUGGAGGGAUCAGCAACAACUUACCUCUGUCUGAAUUGAAGAACACAAUUACAGUGUCUCCAUUCUCCGGAGAAAGUGAUAUCUGUCCUCGAGACAAUCCCAGCAACUUCCAUGAACUGCGGGUCACCAAUACCAGCAUCCAGUUUAGCUUGGGAAACCUGUAUCGACUGACCCGAGCUCUCUUCCCUCCAGAACCAAAGGUGCUUGGUGAAAUGUGUCAUCAAGGGUAUGGAGAUGCACUUCGAUUUCUUAAAGGGAAUAAUCUGCUUAAAAUGCCAGUUCUUGCAGUUGAUUUGACUUCUGUCACAUCAAUGAGGGAGAUUGACAGAUCUUACAAACAGUAUCAGGACAAUUGUUACUGCAAAUCUCUGGAACAGGAGGAGGUAACAAUGGUUACAAACAAAGCUUCAGCACCAAAACCCAAAUCAAACAAUCAACAACUGAGGAAAAAGCAUUGGUCAUCAACCUUGGAUGCAGAAACAGACAAUUUACCACCAAGACUUUGUAUCGCGUUGCAUGAAGCUUGUAAGGAGACAAAUGGUCUUUAUGCACAGCUUAGCAACCUCUUCUUGGUUAGAAUGGCAUCUUAUGCAAUGCUGCCUUACACACUACCAUUGGAAUCUGCUUAUUCUUUUGGUUGCAGGUUAGUGGAGUGGCUUCCUGAUGUCCCAGAAGAUGUCAGUUGGAUUCGUGAGCAAUUGCACAUUAUCAGUGGUGUCCUUUAUCACCGAGCGACAAAGCGGUUUCGGCUGCGUCCAUGUUCUAGUGUUCUACCUAAUGUACCUCUAAGAAAAUGCUUUAGCCUACCACCUAUCUCUAAUCCGUGCCAACCUUACUUCACUUCUCAAAUCUCAUCUGUGGAGCUUCACUCCCUGCAGUUUGGAUUGCAGGAGCUGGGGAAUUCGAUGCUGUGUGAAUCUGAUGUUUUGGCAAAGCAGGGUCUAGUUGCGUCAGACAAGCAAAUUCAUUUUUUUCACUAGCUCUUAUGAAUCCUGAAUGGUGACAGAAGAUUUGGAAAGACAGCCAAACAGGACAUCUUUUCAGAGAGAUGUGUGUUGCCUCCCACAGUUGUCAUUCCUAUAUUCAGUCAGAGUAACCAAUGUUUCUACUAGUUUCAAGUUAAUUGUCUUAAAUCCACUUAAAUGUUUACCUCCUAGAAUUGUUGUACAAUCCAAACUGCUUUUCAGGAAUCUUAACGUGUUAGGAAUUACAUAGGGCAUGACUUUAUUUGCACUUUAUUGUUAACCAGAUACAAAUGGCUUCCACAGCAUUGGUGAUUAAUGCUGAACUGUUUAUGGCUCAUCAAUUCAAUGGUAUUUAUCAUUUUAAUCUACGAAAGUUAUCAGGAUAUAAACUAUUUUAUUAGCACAAUUAAUGGAUUUUAAACUACUGGAUAUUUAGUUUGAUCCAAACCAUAUGCGUUAGUUUACUUCUUUCUGUGUACUAUUCCUACUGUGGAAUCCUUUACGUGCGUCACUAAGAAACCUGACCAAUUGCAUUUGUUAAUUAAAAGUUAGUAUAUCAAAUUCAUUAAUACUUUGGUAUUUUGCCUUUGGGACUUUUGAAUAUUCAAGUAUUUGUAAGUACUAUUGAAUUCACGUGACCAUCUCCUACAACUUUAUACAUUUUUUGGACUGUCUAGUUAAUAUUUUUGCAAUGCUAGAAACAUUAACUUGUUAAAAUGUUUGUGAGUAUUGCACUUUAUAUUGUGCUGAAAGCCUUGCUGUAACAAUUGAGGGAGUCUCUAAAUUUUGCUUUUAAAUAAAAUAUUAAAUAUCUCUAUCUACUACCAGUAACAAUAUGAAACUUCCAGUGAAUGAACUUGCUACUUGCUAUGGAAAAUUGUGUGUGUAUAUAAAGCAUACAUUUCUUACACCAUGUAUUUUUGUUCAUCCAUUAAGAUGACUGAAAAACCUGGAAUUCUUUUCAGUGAAAGGUGGGUUUUUUUUCUUUUAAAAUUUCUUUCAAGUCAACUUUAUCUCUGGUGCUAUUUUCAUUGUGAUCUUUUUGAAGAUGAUAAAAGUCAUGAUGCGUUUUGUAUCUGUCAGUACUAAUUGAUGCACAUACCUCAAUUUCAAAUACUGCUUUGAAUAUUACACCUUUUUUUUUGUAUAAAUUUAAUUCUAUUUGUCUUGUUUUGUUAACUAUAAAUUACUUAAUUUAACAUGUAACAAAUUUCUGUAUGAUCUGAAGAGUGUAUCUCUAGAAAGGUAUAAUAUACGCUGUGCUCAUCUUGAUUUAAGAUACUAAUUAUAGUUUCUCUUCUGAUUCAACACUCUCUCCAAUAUUGUAGUCAAUCUUUUGUGACAUUGCCUGGAAUACAGAUCAAGUUUUCUCUUUGGUUUCAGGAUUAAACAGGAACACUGUAGCAGAAAAUGCUGAAAAUACUAAACAAGCCUGUCUGUACCAGAGAAGAAAGUUAACAAUGUGUAUGAAACGUUGGCCUGCAUAAAUUAUUUUUGUUUCCCUCAGUCAGUUGAACAUCUGUCUGUCUGCACUUGCAGCUUUCUAACGCAACAUUUAUCAACCUGCUGACAAGAUGCUGUCUGCAGAACUGAUCUCUAUGUAAUGGGAUUAACACCAAUUAUCUGACACCUUCCUUCUCCACCUCCAAGACCAUGACUAUAUCAUUGAAUGUAAAGCCAUUUUUCUAUCACUAAACUCCUAUUGUAGAUCUUCCCUCCACAGCCUUCAAUCCCAAAUAACCAGCUUCUCCCCACAACAUCCACAAACAGGACUCUGCUUGCAGAUUUCUUAUUACAGCCUUUGUCGUCCCAUGGAACUGACUGACCCUCUUUAUCUCAACACUUUUUUUUGGCCUAAACUGUUCCCACCUAAUCGGUGACUCUUUCAUAUCUUGCCAUUUUUUUUUAAAAGUUCUGAUGUACAGUCAGGGACCUGAAAUGUUCAUUUCUGCUUUUCACUCUCAACUGCUGGACCUGAGUAUUUGUUUGUAUUACUGAUUUUCUGUCUCGACAGUCCUUCAAUUUUGCCACAGAAAUGGUGUGUACAGAUAAUUCUGCUUUCAUUUUAAAGAUCUGUAUUCUAAUGUUUUAUGUAAUGUUUUGAUGUUUUUAUAGAAAAAUCUGUCCAGGAAAAAAAGAGCAGAGUUCACAUUUAUUCAAAUAAAGCAGUUGUAGACAGGUGCUACAGAUUAAGAUGA